GAAAUUUUUGGAUCUAAGUUCAUUUUUUUGGACUCAACAUUAAAAAAAGAACACUAAUGCCAGUAAAGGGCAAUCAUAUCCAGCCUUUAUGUUCAUAUCAAAAAACCAAACAAAUAAGGAUGCUAUUGAAGUGAAUGUGCCCUGAAGAUCUAAACAGUUUUUAUCAUGAAGGUGGCCAAGUGUCCCAGUGAGGAUCUCUCCCUCACCAACUGUGUGAUAGUCAAUGAGGCAGACUUCAGCAAAAAAGUCAAGUAUGUGUGCAUCACAACACCAGACCGGCGUCCCUUAAUCUACACAGUCCUGCACAAUGGUGCUGUCAAACCAGGCUAUGUUGGCUUCAAUGUCAUCCAGCGCAAGCAAAUUCUUGUGGAGCUCGACCAGGAGAUCAAUGUGGAGGCAUUCACGCCAGACCCUCAGCGGCAGCUGAUCAGCACCCUGGUGCUGGAGGCGGACUUCCUGCAGAAGAAGAGCACCACCAACGAGCCCUACAACACCGACCAGAUGGCCGUCAACUUCCUGGAGCAGUUCCCCCGCCACGGCUACCACAUUGGCCAGCCGCUCGUCUUCAAGUUCCUUGACAAGAAAACCCUGUCCAUCAGAGUCAAGGAGAUGGAAGCGGCGGAUAUGGACGCAAUGGCAAGCGGCAAGAAGUCGGAGCCCCGCAAGCUGGACUUUGGGGUCCUCAACCCCAACUCGUCCAUCAUCUUCGAGAAAGCCGAGGGCUCGGCCCUCUUCCUUACCGGCAAAGCCAAGGCGCGGCAGUCGCACACGAGUUUGUUCGCCGCGGACUGGGACUUCCAGAAGAUGGGCAUCGGCGGCUUGGACGAGCAGUUCGUGCAGAUCCUGCGACGCGCCUUCGCCUCGCGGGUCUUCCCUCCCGAGGUCGUUGAUACGAUGGGCAUCAAGCACGUCAAGGGCAUCCUGCUCUACGGGCCACCUGGCACGGGCAAGACACUCAUGGCGCGACAGAUCGGUAAAAUGCUGAAUGCUCGUGAGCCAAAGAUUGUCAACGGGCCCGAGAUUUUGGACAAGUACGUGGGCGAGUCGGAGGCCAACGUCCGCCGCUUGUUCGCCGAGGCCGAAGAAGAGGAGAAAAGGAUGGGGCCAAACUCCGGGCUGCAUAUCAUCAUCUUUGAUGAGAUAGACGCCAUUUGCAAGCAGCGAGGAUCUGUUGCUGGGAACACGGGCGUCAACGACACUGUGGUUAAUCAGCUCCUGUCCAAGAUUGAUGGAGUUGAGCAGCUCAACAAUAUUCUUGUUAUAGGCAUGACCAACCGCAAAGAUAUGAUGGAUGAAGCGCUAAUGCGACCGGGGCGACUAGAGAUUCAAGUGGAGAUUUCGCUACCUAACGAGAAAGGCCGGUUUGAUAUCCUUAAAAUUAAGACAAACAAGAUGGCCACGCACGGUAAGCUGGACCCCGAUGUUGAUAUUGCGGAGCUGGCAGCUCUUACAAAGAAUUUUUCUGGCGCUGAACUUGAAGGUUUGGUGAAAGCUGCAUCUUCUUCGGCCCUGAAACGGUACAUCCAUCUUGGCAACCAAAUCAAAGUGGAUCCUGAUGCUAUCGACAAGCUCAAGGUGACCCGAGCGGACUUCAUCUACUCCCUGGAGAACGACGUGAAGCCUUCCCUUGGCACCAGCGAUGAGGCCCUCAAUGAGUUCAUCGAGCGCGGCAUCAUCAGCUGGGGCCACACCAGGGACCUGCUGGAGCGGGGCCUCAUGUUCGUCAAGCAGGCCCGGUCCCCGGAGACGAGCAACCGCCUGUGUCUGCUGCUGGAGGGCGCCCCUACGGCGGGCACCUCGGCCCUGGCCGCUUACCUCGCCAAGAACAGCGACUUCCCCUUCGUCAAAGUGAUCACAUCGAGCGAAAUGGUCGGGUACACAGAGUCCUCCAAGUGCCUGCGUAUCAAAAAGAUGUUUGACGACGCGUAUAGGUCGGAGCUGAGCUGCAUCUUCAUGAACGACCUGGAACAGCUGAUGGGCUACUCCCCCAUAGGCCCGCGCUACCAGUCCAUUGUGCUCGACGCCAUGUACUCGCUUCUGUCGUCCUCGCCUCCUAAGGGUCGGAAGCUGCUGGUGAUCUGCACGAGCAAGAGGCGAGAGGUGCUGGAGGAGCUGGGGCUGCUGCCGAUGUUCACGGCGGUGCUGCGGGUGCCCUACAUCAGGGAGGUGGAGGACGUCAGGAUGGUGCUGGAGGAGUCCCAGGCCAUGUCUUCUGCUGAGGUAGACGAGGUGUGCAGACACAUCACUCACGGCGAGGUCUUCGUGGGCGUCAAGAAGCUCCUCGGCCUCCUGGACACCAUGCGCGUCAUGAAGGACGUGGAUACGCAGGAACGAGUCGCCGCGUUCUGCAACCUGCUGGAGGACGAAGGCGUCUACAAGCCCUCUGCAUAGGUCUGAUUAUUCCUACCAAUGCCAGCUAUUAAGCUUUUAUCAUAUUUAAUUUAUUUCAAUGAUGCGAGUGAAGUAAAAUGACGUUCUUGCAA